ACUCAUUCUUGAGGCAUUCUCACCUGAGAACACAGCCAUGUGGCCACCACAGCUGCUCAUCCUCUUGAUGCUGUUCGCACCUGGAGUGCAUGGUGGCAAGCACAAUGAGAGACAUCCAGCCCUCGCUGCUCCACUGCGACACGCGGAGCGCAGCGCAGGAGGCGCUCUACCUCCCAGACAUCUCCUUCAACAGCCAGCGGCAGAACGCGCCACUGCUCAUCGCGGACAAGGGUCACGUGGAGCUGCCAGAGGAGGUCGUGGACCAGGUGCCCCGGGAGCACAGGUUGCAGCCCAAGCUUUCAGCCGUGCCCCAAUUCCCAUGGCAGUGGUCCGCAGGGAGCUCUCCUGUGAGAGCUACCCCAUCGAGCUCCGCUGUCCUGGCACAGACGUCAUCAUGAUCGAGAGUGCCAACUACGGGAGGACAGAUGACAAGAUCUGCGACUCCGACCCUGCUCAGAUGGAGAAUAUCCGAUGUUAUCUGCCAGAUGCCUAUAAGAUUAUGUCUCAAAGAUGCAAUAACAGAACCCAGUGUGCUGUGGUGGCAGGUCCUGAUGUUUUUCCAGACCCAUGUCCAGGAACUUAUAAAUACCUUGAAGUGCAGUAUGAAUGUGUCCCUUAUAAAGUGGAACAAAAAGUUUUUCUUUGUCCUGGCCUGCUAAAAGGAGUGUACCAGAGUGAACACUUGUUUGAAUCGGACCACCAAUCGGGGGCAUGGUGCAAAGACCCUCUACAGGCUUCCGACAAGAUUUAUUAUAUGCCCUGGACCCCCUACAGAACUGAUACCCUGACAGAGUAUUCAUCCAAAGAUGACUUCAUUGCUGGAAGGCCAACAACAACCUACAAGCUCCCUCACAGAGUGGAUGGCACUGGAUUUGUAGUAUAUGAUGGCGCUCUGUUCUUCAACAAGGAACGUACCAGGAACAUAGUAAAGUUUGAUUUACGGACUAGGAUAAAGAGUGGAGAGGCAAUCAUAGCAAAUGCCAAUUACCAUGACACAUCCCCAUACCGAUGGGGUGGCAAAUCUGACAUCGACUUGGCAGUGGAUGAAAAUGGAUUAUGGGUAAUCUAUGCAACAGAACAAAACAAUGGCAAAAUUGUCAUUAGCCAGUUGAACCCUUAUACCCUGCGGAUUGAGGGGACAUGGGACACUGCGUACGAUAAAAGGUCAGCUUCCAAUGCGUUUAUGAUUUGUGGGAUUCUGUAUGUGGUCAAGUCUGUAUAUGAGGAUGAUGACAACGAGGCCACUGGUAAUAAGAUUGACUACAUUUACAACACGGACCAAAGCAAGGAUAGUCUGGUGGAUAUACCCUUUCCUAACUCCUACCAGUACAUCGCAGCUGUGGAUUACAAUCCCAGGGACAAUCUGCUUUACGUGUGGAAUAACUACCACGUUGUGAAAUACUCUUUGGACUUUGGACCUCUGGAUAGUCGAUCAGGGCCAGUUCAUCAUGGACAAGUUUCCUACAUCUCUCCACCUAUUCACCUUGACUCUGACCUAGAACGACCCCCUGUUAGAGGAGUUUCUACCACAGGACCCCUGGGCAUGGGAAGCACAACCACCAGCACCACUCUUCGGACAACCCACCUGGAACAUAGGGAGGAUACCACCCCAUCGUUGCCGGGCAGAAGAAACCGGAGUACCAGCACACCGUCCCCAGCUGUGGAGGUGCUGGAUGACAUCACCACACACCUGCCAUCGGCAGCCUCCCAGAUUCCAGCUAUGGAAGAGAGCUGUGAUGCUGUGGAAGCCCGGGAAAUUAUGUGGUUUAAGACCCGUCAGGGGCAAGUAGCAAAACAGCCCUGCCCAGCAGGAACGAUAGGUGUAUCAACUUACCUAUGCCUUGCUCCUGAUGGGAUAUGGGAUCCCCAAGGACCAGAUCUCAGCAACUGCUCUUCUCCUUGGGUCAAUCAUAUAACACAGAAGUUAAAGUCUGGAGAGACAGCUGCCAAUAUUGCUAGAGAGCUGGCGGAACAGACCAGAAAUCAUUUGAAUGCUGGGGACAUCACCUAUUCAGUCCGUGCCAUGGACCAGCUGGUUGGUCUCCUGGACGUACAGCUCCGGAAUUUGACCCCAGGCGGGAAAGACAGUGCAGCUCGCAGCUUGAACAAGCUUCAGAAAAGAGAGCGCUCUUGCAGAGCCUAUGUCCAGGCGAUGGUCGAGACAGUUAACAACCUCCUUCAGCCGCAAGCUUUGAAUGCCUGGAGAGACCUGACAACAAGCGACCAACUCCGUGCAGCCACCAUGUUGCUCGACACUGUGGAGGAGAGUGCUUUCGUGUUAGCCGAUAACCUUUUGAAGACCGACAUUGUCAGGGAAAAUACAGACAAUAUUCAACUAGAAGUUGCUCGGCUAAGCACAGAAGGGAACCUAGAAGACCUGACAUUUCCCGAAAACAUGGGCCAUGGAAGUACCGUCCAGCUCUCAGCAAACACUCUAAAGCAAAAUGGCCGGAACGGGGAGAUUAGAGUAGCCUUUGUCCUGUAUAACAACCUGGGCCCUUAUUUGUCUACGGAGAACGCCAGUAUGAAGCUGGGCACAGAAGCCCUGUCCACCAAUCAUUCCGUUAUCGUCAAUUCCCCUGUUAUUACAGCAGCAAUAAAUAAGGAGUUCAGUAAUAAAGUUUAUUUGGCCGAUCCUGUGGUAUUUACUGUUAAACAUAUCAAGCAGUCAGAGGAAAAUUUCAACCCUAACUGUUCAUUUUGGAGCUAUUCCAAGCGCACAAUGACAGGUUAUUGGUCAACACAAGGCUGUCGACUCCUGACUACAAACAAGACACAUACUACAUGCUCCUGUAACCACCUCACUAAUUUUGCAGUAUUGAUGGCACAUGUGGAAGUUAAGCACAGUGAUGCGGUCCAUGAUCUUCUUCUGGAUGUGAUCACGUGGGUUGGCAUCUUGCUGUCCCUUGUUUGUCUCCUGAUUUGCAUCUUCACAUUCUGCUUCUUCCGUGGGCUCCAGAGUGAUCGUAACACCAUUCACAAGAACCUCUGCAUCAGCCUGUUUGUGGCAGAACUGCUUUUCCUGAUUGGAAUCAAUAGAACCGACCAACCAAUCGCCUGUGCGGUGUUUGCGGCUCUUUUACACUUCUUCUUCUUGGCGGCCUUCACCUGGAUGUUUCUGGAAGGGGUGCAGCUAUAUAUCAUGCUGGUGGAGGUUUUCGAGAGCGAACAUUCCCGUCGGAAGUACUUUUAUCUGGUGGGCUACGGGAUGCCUGCGCUCAUCGUGGCCGUGUCUGCGGCAGUCGACUACCGGAGCUAUGGGACAGACAAAGUAUGCUGGCUGCGACUUGACACCUACUUCAUUUGGAGUUUUAUAGGACCAGCGACCUUGAUAAUUAUGCUGAAUGUGAUCUUCCUUGGGAUUGCUUUAUACAAAAUGUUUCACCAUACUGCCAUACUGAAACCGGAAUCAGGCUGUCUUGAUAAUAUCAAGUCAUGGGUUAUAGGUGCAAUAGCUCUCCUCUGCCUGUUAGGAUUGACCUGGGCCUUUGGACUCAUGUAUAUUAAUGAAAGCACAGUCAUCAUGGCGUAUCUCUUCACCAUUUUCAAUUCUCUACAGGGAAUGUUUAUAUUCAUUUUCCACUGUGUCCUCCAGAAGAAGGUACGGAAAGAGUAUGGGAAAUGCUUGCGCACGCAUUGCUGUAGUGGGAAAAGCACGGAGAGUUCGAUUGGCUCAGGGAAAACAUCUGGUUCUCGAACUCCAGGACGGUACUCCACAGGCUCACAGAGCCGAAUUCGGAGAAUGUGGAAUGAUACUGUCCGAAAGCAGUCGGAGUCAUCCUUCAUUACUGGAGACAUAAACAGCUCUGCGUCACUCAACAGAGAGGGGCUUCUGAACAAUGCCAGGGAUACAAGUGUCAUGGAUACUCUACCACUGAAUGGUAACCAUGGCAACAGUUACAGCAUUGCUGGCGGUGAAUACCUGAGCAACUGUGUGCAAAUUAUAGACCGUGGCUAUAACCACAACGAGACCGCCCUAGAGAAAAAGAUCCUAAAGGAACUCACUUCCAACUAUAUCCCUUCGUACCUGAACAACCACGAGCGCUCCAGUGAACAGAACCGGAAUAUGAUGAACAAACUGGUGAACAACUUAGGCAGUGGGAGUGAAGAUGACGCCAUAGUCCUGGAUGACGCAGCGUCCUUUAACCAUGAGGAGAGUCUGGGCCUGGAACUCAUUCAUGAGGAAUCUGAUGCUCCCUUGCUGCCCCCGAGGGUUUACUCCACCGAGAACCACCAGCCACACCAUUACAGCAGGAGACGGCUCCCCCAGGACCACAGCGAGAGCUUCUUCCCUCUGCUAACUGACGAGCACACAGAAGAUCUGCAGUCACCGCACAGGGACUCUCUGUACACCAGCAUGCCGGCCCUGGCCGGCGUGCCCGCUGCAGACAGCGUGACCACCAGCACCCAGACCGAAGCCGCAGCGGCCAAGGGUGGUGACGCGGAAGAUGUUUACUACAAAAGCAUGCCAAACCUGGGCUCCAGAAACCACGUGCACCCGCUGCACGCCUACUACCAGCUGGGGCGCGGCAGCAGCGAUGGAUUCAUAGUUCCUCCUAAUAAAGACGGGGCCUCUCCGGAGGGAACUUCUAAAGGACCCGCGCACUUGGUCACUAGUCUAUAGAAGAUGACACGGAGAUGGCAGCCAGCAGGACUGCAAACACCCAGUGAACCAUUCUGAGUUGACAUAAGCAGUGGUCAUCCUGUGUACUCCGACACCUGAUGCUGUUCUCGAAAGAGAGACUCUCUGACAUUUUUUUUUAACUUGAAUUUUUAGUCGGCCCAGGGGAGAAAGCUCACUGCUGAGACCCUCCUGUGCCCCGUUCUUCCCCAUCCUUUCCCCUCAGAUGGAGACUUCAUUAUGUUAAUGAACGAGAUAUGAAGAAAAUGGCGCUCAUUGUGGCCUUGUUGAAUUAUGUUGUGUUUGUUUUAACAUCUCUGAUGCUCUGUUACUACAAUCACAAGGACCUGUUGUUUUGUUUUGUUUUACUUUGUUUUUUGUUUUUUUGUUUUUUGUUUUGUUUUGUUUUUUUUUUUUAAAAAGGCCAGAACAAUGGUUUGAAAUUAGUAACAAUGCUGCAUCUAGAUUGGAGUGCUGGCCGGCCGUAGAAGCAGAGAAGAACUGUAUUACCUAGCGGUUCAUGGUCACUCACAACCUGAGUUCACCACAGCGGCAACAGCUGUGGGAAACAAAAACAAAACAACACAAUGAAUAAUCUGACGGAGGGGAAUUCUAGAAUUAUAUGCUAAGUGCAUAUUUUAUGAUUUGCUGUAUUAACUGAUGAUAAAACUAACGGCAGAAACAAAUUGAACAAUUUCUAUGUAAUGUACAGAUACUAGCAUUGCGCAUAUAGUCUGCUUUCUGUUCCUCCAGAAUUUGAGUCCUGUUAAUGUAGUGGCAAAGAAGAAAUUUUCUUUUGUGCUAGUCUUGCAAGUUUGUCUACCAGUAAAAGAGCCAAGUUUCCUUCCUUUCUUGUUUUCUUCUUUUUUUUUUCUUUUGUCCCCUCCCCCACCUCUUUUUUCCUUUAAAAAUUCACCUGGCAAAAAAAUAAUAAUAAUAAAGAAAUGAAGCUAUCACUUUAUAAGAAUC